CAACUCCAGGCCGCCCUCCUUCCCCCCUCGUCCGCCAUCUUGUUCGGGUUCCUCCUCCUCGGUUCUGUGUGAAGUGCGCCCCGGGGGCCUCGGCCUCCUCCCCUCACUCGAGGCUGCAGGAGGAUGCCGGGCCCGAGGAGGAGCCAUGAGUAUGAGAACCAGUGUGUGCCGCCCGAGGCACGACGACCCCUUGCCGGGGGAAGAGGCUCAGGAAAACCCGGGGCUUGCGGGCCGGAGUAGGCCGCAGCAACCGGCGGACGGCGCUUGGGCCGCGGAGCGGGGAGGGAAGGCUCCGGCCGGCCUCCUCGCCGACCCGUGCGGGAAGCUCGGCUGCCAAGCGGGGGCCCUGGCGGAGAAAGGCGGUGGGGGAGCGGCCGGGGCUGCGGUGACUGGGGCCGGGGCGGCUACGACGGCGGCCACGGGGCAAGGCCAGGCCCCGGCCUCCAGUUCCACGUCCCCCCCGCGCUGGAGACCGCCGAUCAGAGGGGGAGCCGGGGCCUGCCUCAAGCAGAUCGUCCUCCUCCAGCUGGACCUCAUCGAGCAGCAACAGCACCGCAUCCAGGAGCGGGAGCGCCAGAUCGGGGAGCUCCGGGCCGAGAAGGACACGCUCCUGGCCCGCAUUGAGCGGAUGGAAAGACGCAUGCAGUUGGUCAGAAAGGACAGCGAGAAGGACAAACCGCGCACGCCUCAAAGCCGUGAGUCGGCCGUCGACAUGCCAGAGGCUCCUCUUCCAGAGAGCGCAGGGGGUGGGGAGUUUCCCCCAGAGGCCUCCCCGCGGCUAUCAAGCCUUACCCCAAAACCCUUCUCCUAUGGCCGCAAUGCAAAGGGACAUAAAAGGAAGUCUGCCUUUGGCCGUGCAGAGCACAGGACCCCUGUUAAGAGACUGUCUUCUGACUUGGCAAAGAUGAAGGGUAAAGUGUCCCGUUUGCCAGUAGAAAUAUCAGAAACUGAACCUGGAGGCUCUGUAUCAGAGGCAGGAGGUCGUCGAGAGCUGCGCCUCAAAGAGACCCCUGAGAAAUCGCAAUCUCCUGUAGACACCCCGCAAAUACCUGCAUGGGGUGACACUGCAGCAUCUUCAUUAAAGGACAAUGACCCAAACCCUGGCGAGGCAGAUGAUCUGCCUUACCUCUCCACCACGGACAUGUAUCUAUGCCGGUGGCAUCGGCCACCUCCUUCCCCUCUAAGGGAACCCUCCCCCAAGAAAGAAGAGUGUGUGGCAAGUAAGAGCUUACUCUAUAUUUGUUUUCCUUCAUGGAGAGAGCACCCUAUAGAGCCCCUUCAGGAUUUAACUGGUGCAGACAUACCAGAGAACCUGGAUGAUGCAGUAUUUGCAAAGAGACAUGUCAAGUUAGAGCUCGAUGAAAAGAGGAGAAAGCGGUGGGACAUACAGAGAAUCCGCGAGCAGAGAAUCUUGCAGCGUCUGCAGUUGAGGAUGUACAAAAAGAAGGGCAAUCAGGAAAGUGAGCCAGAAGUCACAUCAUUCUUUCCAGAACCUGAUGAAGUGCAGUCUGUGUUGAUUACCCCCUACCUCCCUGUCGUGGCGUUUGGACGAUCCCUGCCUAAAAUAACCCCACAGAAUUUUGAGCUCCCCUGGCUGGACGAGCGGAGUCGAUGUCGUCUUGAAAUGCAAAAAAAGCAAACCCCGCACAGGACACCUCGUAAAUAGCCAGGCAACCCCUUGUCUUGUGACAACCUUUAAGUACUGAAUUAUAUGCACUGCAAGUUGAUGUGUACAAGACCCGAGGGGUUAAUGUUGCCUUUCUCUUUACCCUCAAGCGUGGCCUGCAAUGUAUUUCAGACCCCACUGGCUUUGAAGUUAUUCUUCAUCAUCAAAUAUGAAUCUUUUUUUCUCUUUCUUUUUGUGGAUUUUUAAGUUUCCCACUAAAAGUUUUUAAAUGCUUCUGGAGCAAAAUAUUGUCAAUUUAUUUUUAUACAUAAACUUCAUAACUUUU